AGUUAAGUCGCCUCCCAAGAACGUCAUGCGAGUCUCUAGAUGAACUAGAAAUGCCUCCCUCUGAUCGUACCUGUGCCAUGGCAGCGAAACUCACGAUCACUGUACGGCACCUUGACGGCCUCCCAAACUUGGCUCUAAUGCAGUGAGAAAUUUCGAUAUCACCAACGGCCAAGACGGGAUCACAUUUGGUGCAGAUUCAAAAUCUGUCAAAAGAGGGAAUUUCAAGCGGAGUGUAGCUAUGGAGCACGGAACUAGUUUGGAUAAAGAGGCCUCGUUUAUCCUCAACCUGCGUCCUGCUUGCUGACACUCGAAAGCUAGCUAGCAGUUCUCGUCGUUAAGGUGUAUCAUCCUGCAGCAAUUAUGUUCUCUAGAUCACUCGUUCCGAUUCUGCUUGCAUUUGUACCUGUUAUUACAGGUACAGCAAUCGCCUAUCCCCGUGCUGCUGUGGACUUCAUCGAGGCUUCAGAGGAGAAUUUUGAGAACAAGAUCUUGAUCUUUCGUCAAGAGCCUACGGCCCCUACGAGCAGUGCUGCCCCGGUCUUCACGUUCGGUUGCAGCGUGCUCAGGACCUAUACUGGCAUCCAGUCAACCAUUACCAACUAUCCUGCUUUCUACUCUUCCAUCGCUCAUAUUAUCUCAUCGGUUCCGGGGGUAUCAGCAAUUCCCGUCUACACAACUACGAGGUCUUGGGGAGAACAAUAUGCUUUCCUUGGGAGGAAUAUCCUUGAGGCUUACGGCAUUACAGAGUUCACCACUGUGACUACUUAUGCUCCUACGGCUUGUCCCCCUUCUGUUACAACCACGGCAACUGGAACAUGUGAGCCACAUGAUGACCACUGGCAUUGUCCUCCUGGUGUGCCUCAACCAACAACGCCACCACCACCGAUAACAAGUUCAACAACGCCUCCUGCUUCAACACCAACUUCAAGUACGACGAUUGCGGGCGAAUGUGAACCGCACGAAGACCAUUGGCAUUGUCCUCCUGGCGUACCUCAACCAACAACACCCCCUCCAAGCUUGACGAAAGCAAGUUCAACGCGUCCUGCUUUAACGUCAAUUACAAGUACAACUAUAGUAGGUGAAUGUGAACCCCAUGACGACCACUGGCACUGUCCUCCUGGUGUUCCACAGCCAACUGCACCACCUCCAACUUCGACGCCCACUUCAACCACAAUCCCAUCUGGCGUUCCUGAGCCGACAACUCCCCCUGCUAGCUCUACAUCAACCACAGCUCAAGCUGGCGAGUGUGAACCACACGGCGACCAUUGGCACUGCCCUCCCGGUGUCUCGGAGCCCACAACCCCUCCAAGCACAGCUCCUUCGGGAGCCUCAUCAACUUCUGCCUUUCCCACCGAGUGUGAGCCACAUGGAGAUCAUUGGCAUUGUCCGGAUGGUGUUCCAGAACCUACAGCUCCUCCUGGUUCGAUUCCUUCCGAAGUACAAGCAAGUCCUACCACGGCCUCAGUUGGCGAGUGCGUACCACAUGGUGAUCACUGGCACUGCCCAGAGGGAGUAGCAGAGCCUACUACUCCUCCCGGACCAGGAAGCUCUACCGCGGCUCCAGGCGGCGAGUGCGAGCCCCAUGGAGACCAUUGGCAUUGUCCCGAGGGUGUCCCAGAACCCACAACUCCUCCUGGUUCAAUUCCUUCCGAAGGAAUAGCAAGACCUACUACAGUUCCAGGCGACGAAUGUGCACCGCAUGGAGACCACUGGCAUUGUCCUGAAGGGAUCGCAGAGCCUAGUUCGGUUGGUUUUGUUACGAGCGCAACUUCGUCCUCCGGCUCUACUCCCUCUACAGCUGACGAAACACUUCCAACUUCGACAGCGGUAGAGACCCCAAUUCAAUUUGAGGGUGCAUCUAGCUCGGAUCGCUCGAUGUUAGCUUCACACUGGAUAGGUGCCAUUGUUGGAUUAGCUGUAUUGGUUGCGAGCUUCCUGUAGGCGUGCGUUGAUCCUUUUCGCCACUAUGCGGAACACCUGGACCUCUGCCCUUCGAUGGAUAAGGCCCAGCAUGCGCGCCAGGUCUGAAUGAUUGCUGAGAGGGUACAAGUAGUUUUGCAGCGGGGUUUGCUGCCUGUUCGUGUGUAACCUUGGUGCAGUGUGCGGCUAGAUUUCAAUAAAAAAUUCAUAAGACCCAAUGAAAUCACCAUGGAAUUCCUUAAAGUUUCAUGUUUGUCUUGUCGUCUUCCUCUUCUCAGGCGGCUCGCCAGGUACGGUCUGGCGGAGCAAAGAGUGGCAAGUCAAGAUCGCCUGAGAAUUCAAUGUCUUUGGAGGGUCUCGUUGUCACGUCAAGCCACCUGGAAAGGAUGUGGGAGUACAAGACCGACAGUGACCGUGUCAGGCGAUCGUGAGUGGUGAAGUGACUGGAGCCACGGUGGCGCGCCGCGUCGGCUGCUGCUCAUGACGGGCAGCCAGUUGGGUGGAUCAACCGGCCCCUCCCCGCAGCAUCGCCAUUCGUGCCCACCUAAGGCCCUGAGGACAACACUAAGCGGGCUGACAUGGCCAGACAGGAAACCGUACAAGCAACCUUACACCUCUCCUUAUUCCACCACCAACUUUACACACAGCUUACCAGAUCAAUUCAACCUACAAGUCCCAGACAACUCCGUAUUCUAUCAUCAUGACGGAUGCCAAGGCGAAAGAAUCCAAGCCAACUGCAAAAUCAUUUGGGGCGAUGGGGACUACGACCUCGACCUUGAGACCGACGAUUGGGUGACAUAUGCAUGCGUUGUUAAGAGGGACUAUGGGACAAGCUUCGGACCACCAUUGACAAUGACUGGACUAUGUAACUCGGCAGAGCAAGCUUGGAGAGAGCUGGAUAGAAUGUUAGGUAUAUGGGCUAGGCAGAUACAGAGCGGACAGCCGAUGACAAAGGCUCAGUCAUUGGAGAUAUUCGGGGGACCGAAUGGGCGUAAUAAGUUUAUUCUGGGGAAAUUUCUCGAUGAGGUUGAGAAAAGAGGAAUGGAUUUGUGAAAAGGCUCAAGGGAUUGAUUUCAUCACUGUGCAAUCUCUCCUCAAAAGAUAUUCGAGAAAGAUCAGAAUAGCAUUACUCUAGCUCUGCCUCGAGCUGGCCUUGAAACUUUAUUCCUCACAGCUUUCUUCAUUGCGAAUGAGGACGAGAAACUUUAUUCGAUCUUUUUAACCAGACUCCUGUUGAUACGUUUUCGAGGACAUUGGCUGGCAUCCUGUCUACCAGUCUGCCCCCCUCCUGGCCCAGCUCGUCAAUCGCUUCAUCCGUGCCAGGCAUUCCGACGGUAGCUGCAGGUAGGAGUGGCUUCUCGCUCUAGGAGGUAUUAGCAGGGUCUAACUUGGAUAAGAGAAGAAUGGCCUGAGCUUAGCUGAACUCGUUUUGUGACGUGCAUGUUGGGCGCGGCAGUUGAGCAGAGAUCGAAGG